AUGACAGAAAGCACAACAUAUUCCUUAAUUCCUAUAAAUUCAGAACCUACAACUAAACCUGUAACAACUACAGCUUUCAGCACAUCAUCACCGACAACAACAAAUCACUUCCAGAACAACAAGUGCAUCUUCAACAACACCUACCACUUCAGAAACAACAAGUGCAUCUUCAACAACUCCUACAACUUCAGAAACAUCAAGUGCAUCUUCAACAACUCCUACCACUUUCGGAACAACAAUUGCAUCUUCAACAACUCCUACCACUUCCGAAACAACAAAAACAUCAAGUGCAUCUUCAACAACUCCUACCACUUUCGGAACAACAAGUUCAUCUUCAACAACUCCUACCACUUCUGGAACAACAAGUGCAUCUUCAACAACACCUACCACUUUCGGAACAUCAAGUGCAUCUUCAACAACUCCUACCACUUCCGGAACGACAAGUGCCUCUUCAACAACUCCUAUCACUUUCGGAACGACAAGUGCAUCUUCAACAACUCCUACCACUUCAGAAACAACAAGUGCAUCUUCAACAACUCCUACCACUUCCGGAACGACAAGUGCCUCUUCAACAACUCCUAUCACUUCCGGAACGACAAGUGCAUCUUCGACAACUCCUACCACUUCCGGAACGACAAGUGCAUCUUCAACGACUCCUACCACUUCCGGAACAACAAAAACAACAAGUGCAUCUUCAACAACUCCUACCACUUCCGGAACGACAAGUGCCUCUUCAACAACUCCUAUCACUUCCGGAACGACAAGUGCAUCUUCGACAACUCCUACCACUUCCGGAACAACAAGUGCAUCUUCAACGACUCCUACCACUUCCGGAACAACAAAACAAGUGCAUCUUCAACAUUUCCUACCACUUCCGGAACAACAAGUGCAUCUUCAACAACUCCUAGCACUUCAGAAACAUCAAUUGCAUCUUCAACAACUCCUACCACUUUCGGAACAACAAGUACAUCUUCAACAACUCCUACCACUUCCGGAACAACAAGUGCAUCUUCAACAACUCCUACCACUUUAGAAACAUCAAGUGCAUCUUCACAAACUCCUACCACUUCCGAAACAACAAGUGCAUCUUUAACAACUCUUACCACUUCCGGAACAACAAGUGCAUCUUCAACAACUCCUACCUCUUCCGAAACAACAAGUGCAUCUUUAACAACUCUUACCACUUCCGGAACAACAAGUGCAUCUUCAACAACUCCUACCUCUUCCGGAACAACAAGUGCAUCUUCAACAACUCCUACGACUUCAGAAACAUCAAGUGCAUCUUCAACAACUCCUUCCACUUUCGGAACAACAAGUGCAUCUUCAACAACUCCUACCACUUCCAGAACAACAAGUGCAUCUUCAACAACUCCUACCACUUCAGAAACAUCAAGUGCAUCUUCAACAACUCCUACCACUUUCGGAACAACAAGUGCAUCUUCAACAACUCCUACCACUUCAGAAACAUCAAGUGCAUCUUCAACAACUCCUACCACUUCCGGAACAACAAUUGCAUCUUCAACAACUCCUACCACUUCAGAAACAUCAAGUGCAUCUUCAACAACUCCUACCACUUCAGAAACAACAAGUGUAUCUUUAACAACUCCUAGCACUUCCGGAACAACAAGUGCAUCUUCAACAACUCCUACCACUUCAGAAACAUCAAGUGCAUCAUCAACAACACCUACCACUUCCGGAAAAACAAGUGCAUCUUUAACAACUCCUACGACUUCAGAAACAACAAGUGCAUCUUCAACAACUCCUACCACUUCCGGAACAACAAGUGCAUCUUUAACAACUCCUACCACUUCCGGAACAACAAGUGCAUUUUCAACAACUCCUACCACUUCAGAAACAACAAGUGCAUCUUCAACAACUCCUACCACUUCCGAAACAACAAAUGCAUCUUUAAACACUCCUACCACUUCUGAAACAACAAGUGCAUCUUCAACAACUCCUAGCACUUCCGGAACAACAAGUGCAUCUUCAACAACUCCUACCACUUCCGGAACAACAAGUGCAUCUUUAACAACUCCUACCACUUCCGGAACAACAAGUGCAUCUUUAACAACUCCUACCACUUCCGGAACAACAAGUGCAUCUUCAACAACUCCUACCACUUCAGAAACAUCAAGUGCAUCUUCAACAACUCCUACCACUUUCGGAACAACAAGUACAUCUUCAACAACUCCUACCACUUCUGGAACAUCAAGUGCAUCUUCAACAACUCCUACCACUUCAGAAACAACAAGUGCAUCUUCAACAACUCCUACCACUUCAGAAACAACAAGUGCAUCUUCAACAACUCCUACCACUUCCGGAACAACAAGUGCAUCUUCAACAAAUCCUACCAGUUCCGGAACAACAAGUGCAUCUUCAACAACUCCUACCACUUCCGGAACAACAAGUGCAUCUUCAACAACUCCUACCACUUCCGGAACAACAUUUGCAUCUUCAACAACUCCUACCACAUCCGGAACAACAAGUGCAAUUUUACACACUCCUACCACUUCAGAAAUAACAAGUGCAUCUUCAACAUCUCCUACCACUUCCGGAACAACAAGUGCAUCUUCAAACACUCCAACCACUUCCGGAACAACAAGUGCAUCUUUAACAACUCCUACCACUUCCGGAUCAACAAGUGCUUUUUCAACAACUCCUACCACUUCAGAAACAACAAGUGCAUCUUUAACAACUCCUACCACUUUCGGAACAACAAGUGCAUCUUCAACAACUCCUACCACUUCCGGAACAACAAGUGCAUCUUCAACAACUCCUACCACUUCCGGAACAACAAGUGCAUCUUCAACAACUCCUACCACUUCCGGAACAACAAGUGCAUCUUCAACAACUCCUACCACUUCCGGAACAACAAGUGCAUCUUUAACAACUCCUACCACUUCCGGAACAACAAGUGCAUCUUUAACAACUCCUACCACUUCAGAAACAACAAGUGCAUCUUCAACAACUCCUACCACUUCAGAAACAUCAAGUGCAUCUUCAACAACUCCUACCACUUCCGGAACAACAAGUGCAUCUUCAACAACUCCUACCACUUCCGGAACAACAAGUGCAUCUUCAACAACUCCUACCACUUCCGGAACAACAAGUGCAUCUUUAACAACUCCUACCACCUCAGAAACAACAAGUGCAUCUUCAACAACUCUUACCACUUCUGGAACAACAAGUGCAUCUUCAACAACUCCUACCACUUCAGAAACAUCAAGUGCAUCUUCAACAACUCCUACCACUUCCGGAACAACAAGUGCAUCUUCAACAACUCCUAUCACUUCAGAAACAUCAAGUGCAUCUUCAACAACUCCUACCACUUCCGAAACAACAAGUGCAUCUUCAACUACUCCUACCACUUCCAGAACAACUAGUGCAUCUUCAACAACUCCUACCACUUCCGGAACAACAAGUGCAUCUUCAACAACUCCUACCACUUCAGAAACAACAUUUUUGUCUUCAACAACUCCAACCACUUCAGUAACAUCAACUGCAUCUUCAAAAACUCCUACCACUUCCGAAACAACAAUUGCAUCUUUAACAAUUACAAACGUUAGUACAACUUUACAAACAACAUCAGAUGUAACAACAGACAGCACAUUAGUGUCCUCAACAACUCCUACCACUUCAGAAACAACAAGUGCAUCUUCAACAACUCCUACCACUUCCGGAUCAACAAGUGCAUCUUCAACAACUCAUACCACUUCCGGAACAACAAGUGCAUCUUCAACAACUCCUAUCACUUCAGAAACAUCAAGUGCAUCUUCAACAACUCAUACCACUUCCGUAACAACAAGUGCAUCUUCAACAACUCCUACCACUUCAGAAAUAUCAAGUGCAUCUUCAACAACUCCUACCACUUUCGGAACAACAAGUACAUCUUUAACAACUUCAACCACUUCCGGAACAAGUGCAUCUUCAACAACUCCUACCACUUCCGGAACAACAAGUGCAUUUUCAACAACUCAUACCACUUCCGGAACAACAAGUGCAUCUUCAACAACUCCUACCACAUCAGAAACAUCAAUUGCAUCUUUAACAACUCAUAACACUUCCGGAACAACAAGUGCAUCUUCAACAACUCCUACCACUUCAGAAAUAUCAAGUGCAUCUUCAACAACUCCUACCACUUUUGGAACAACAAGUGCAUCUUUAACAACUCCUACCACUUCCGGAACAACAAGUGCAUCUUUAUCAACUCCUACCACUUCCAGAACAACAAGUGCAUCUUCAACAACUCCUACCACUUCAGAAACAGCAAGUGCAUCUUCAACAACUCCUACCACUUCUGGAACAACAAGUGCAUCUUCAACAACUCCUACCAAUUCAGAAACAACAAGUGCAUCUUUAACAACUCCUACCACUUCCGGAACAACAUUUGCUUCUUCAACAAUUCCUACCACUUCCGGAACAACAAGUGCAUCUUCAACAACUCCUACCACUUCAGAAACAACAAGUGCAUCUUUAACAACUCCUACCACUUCCGGAACAAGUGCAUCUUCAACAACUCCUACCACUUCCGGGACAACAAGUGCAUUUUCAACAACUCAUACCACUUCCGGAACAACAAGUGCAUCUUCAACAACUCCUACCACAUCAGAAACAUCAAGUGCAUCUUUAACAACUCAUACCACUUCCGGAACAACAAGUGCAUCUUCAACAACUCCUACCACUUCAGAAAUAUCAAGUGCAUCUUCAACAACUCCUACCACUUUCGGAACAACAAGUGCAUCUUUAACAACUCCUACCACUUCCGGAACAACAAGUGCAUCUUUAUCAACUCCUACCACUUCCGGAACAACAAGUGCAUCUUCAACAACUCCUACCACUUCAGAAACAGCAAGUGCAUCUUCAACAACUCCUAUCACUUCCGGAACAACAAUUGUAUCUUCAACAACUCCUACCACUUUAGGAACAACAAGUGCAUUUUCAACAACUCCUACCACUUCAGAAACAACAAGUGCAUCUUCAACAACUCCUACCACUUCUGGAACAACAAGUGCAUCUUCAACAACUCCUACCAAUUCAGAAACAACAAGUGCAUCUUUAACAACUCCUACCACUUCCGGAACAACAUUUGCAUCUUCAACAAUUCCUACCACUUCCGGAACAACAAGUGCAUCUUCAACAACUCCUACCACUUCAGAAACAACAAGUGCAUCUUCAACAACUUCUACAACUUCAGAAACAACAAGUGCAUCUUCAACAACUCCUAUCACUUCUGGAACAACAAUUGCAUCUUCAACAACUCCUGCCACUUCUGGAACAACAAGUGCAUUUUCAACAACUCCUACCACUUCAGAAACAUCAAGUGCAUCUUCAACAACUCCUACCACUUCCGGGUCAACAAGUGCAUCUUCAACAACUCUUAUCACUUCCGGAACAACAAGUGCAUCUUCAACAACUCCUACCACUUCCGGAACAACAUUUGCAUCUUCAACAACUCCUACCACACCCGGAACAACAAGUGCAUCUUUAACAACUCCUACCACUUCCGGAACAACAAGUGCAUCUUCAACAUCUCCUACCACUUCCGGAUCAACAAGUGCAUCUUCAACAACUCCUAUCACUUCCGGAACAACAAGUGCAUCUUCAACAACUCCUACCACUUCCGGAACAACAUUUGCAUCUUCAACAACCCCUACCACUUCCGGAACAACAAGUCCAUCUUCAACAACUCCUACCACAUCCGGAACAACAAGUGCAUCUUCAACAACUCCUACCACUUCAGAAACAACAAGUGCAUCUACAACAACUCCUACCACUUCAGAAACAUCAAGUGCAUCUUCAACAACUCCUACCACUUCCGGAACAAUAAGUGCAUCUUCAACAACUCCUACCACUUUUGGAACAACAAGUGCAUCUUCAACAACACCUACCACUUCAGGAACAACAAGUGCAUCUUUAUCAACACCUACCACUUCCGGAACAACAAGUGCAUCUUCAACUACUCCUACCAUUUCCGGAACAACAAUUGCAUCUUUAACAACUCCUACCACUUUUGGAACAACAAGUGCAUCUUUAACAACUCCUUCCACUUCCGGAACAACAAGUGCAUCUUCAACAACUCCUACCACUUCAGAAACAUCAAGUGCAUCUUCAACAACUCCUAUCACUUCCGGAACAACAAGUGCAUCUUUAACAACUCCUACCACUUCCGGAACAACAAGUGCAUCUUUUACAACUCCUACCACUUCAGAAACAACAAGUGCAUCUUCAACAACUCCUACCACUUCCGGAACAAUAAGUGCAUCUUCAACAUCUCCUACCACUUCCGGAACAUCAAGUGCAUCUUUAACAACUCCUACCACUUCCGGAACAACAAGUGCAUCUUUUACAACUCCUACCACUUCAGAAACAACAAGUGCAUCUUCAACAACUCCUACCACUUCCGGAACAAUAAGUGCAUCUUCAACAUCUCCUACCACUUUUGGAACAACAAGUGCAUCUUCAACAACUCCUACCACUUCCGAAACAUCAAGUGCAUCUUUAACAACUCCUACCACUUCCGGAACAACAAGUGCAUCUUCAACAACUUCUACCACUUCCGGAUCAACAAGUGCAUCUUCGACAACUCCUACCACUUCAGGAACAACUAGUGCAUCUUUAAAAACUCCUACCACUUCAGAAACAACAAGUGCAUUUUCAACAACUCCUACCACUUCCGGAUUAACAAGUGCAUCUUCAACAACUCCUAUCACUUCCGGAAUAACAAGUGCAUCUUCAACAACUCUUACCACUUCCGGAACAACAAGUGCAUCUUCAACAACUCCUACCACUUCCGGAACAACAAGUGCAUCUUCAACAACUCCUACCACUUCCGGUACAACAAGUGCAUCUUCAACAACUCCUACCACUUCCGGAACAACAAGUGCAUCUUCAACAACUCCUACCACUUCCGGAACAACAAGUGCAUCUAUAACAACUCCUAGCACUUCAGAAACAACAAGUGCAUCUUCAACACCUUCUAUCACUUCCGGAACAACAAGUGCAUCUUCAACAACUUCUACCACUUCCGGAACAACAAGUGCAUCUAUAACAACUCCUACCACUUCCGGAUUAACAAGUGCAUCUUCAACAACUCCUAUCACUUCCGGAAUAACAAGUGCAUCUUCAACAACUCUUACCACUUCCGGAACAACAAGUGCAUCUUCAACAACUCCUACCACUUCCGGAACAACAAGUGCAUCUUCAACAACUCCUACCACUUCCGGAACAACAAGUGCAUCUUCAACAACUCCUACCACUUCCGGAACAACAAGUGCAUCUUCAACAACUCCUACCACUUCCGGAACAACAAGUGCAUCUAUAACAACUCCUACCACUUCCGGAACAACAAGUGCAUCUUCAACACCUCCUAUCACUUCCGGAACAACAAGUGCAUCUUCAACAACUUCUACCACUUCCGGAACAACAAGUGCAUCUUUAACAACUCCUACCACUUCCGGAACAACAAGUGCAUCUUCAACAACUCAUACCACUUCAGAAACAACAAGUGCAUCUUCAACAACUCCUACCACUUCAGAAACAUUAAGUGCAAGUGCAUCUUCAACAACUCCUACCACUUCCGGAACAACAAGUGCAUCUAUAACAACUCCUACCACUUCCGGAACAACAAGUGCAUCUUCAACACCUCCUAUCACUUCCGGAACAACAAGUGCAUCUUCAACAACUCCUACCACUUCCGGAACAACAAGUGCAUCUAUAACAACUCCUACCACUUCUGGAACAACAAGUGCAUCUUCAACAACUCAUACCACUUCAGAAACAACAAGUGCAUCUUCAACAACUCCUACCACUUCAGAAACAUCAAGUGCAUUUUCAAUAACUCCUACCACUUCAGAAACAACAAGUGCAUUUUCAAUAACUCCUACCACUUCAGAAACAACAAGUGCAUCCUUACCAACUCCUACCACUUCAGAAACAACAAGUGCAUCUUCAACAACUCCUACCACUUCAGAAACAACAAGUACAUUUCCAACAAAUACAGACACUAGUACAACUUUACACACAACAACAGGUGUGACAACAGAAAGAACAAUAUCUUCCUCAUUAGCUCCCCAAACUACAACUGGACAUGCAACAAGUACAGCUGCAGCUUUAAGUGCAGUUUCAUCAACAGCUGUGUCCACAGAAAGUAUUUCAUUUUCCUCAACCACCCCAACAACAAUAAAAAGUGUAACAGCACCUGUAACAAGCAAAACUGCAGCUUCAAGUACAGCUCCAUCAACAGGUGUGACAACAGAAAGAACAAUAUUUUCUUCACUAGCUCCCCAAACUACAACUGCACCUGCAUCAAGUACAACUCCAGCUAUAAGUGCAGUUUCAUCCACAGCUGUGUCCACAGAAAGUAGUACAUUUUCCUCAACCACCCCAGCAACUUUAAAACCUGUAACAGCACCUGGAACAAGCACAACUGCAGCUUCAAUUACAGCUCCAUCCACAUCAACGGGUGUAACAUCAGAGAGCACAAGAUUUUCUUCAACAACUCCUACCAUUACAGAAACACCAGCUGUACCAACAACAAACACAACUAAAACUUUAACUAUAGCUCCAUCCACAGCAACAGCUAUGACCACGGAAAGCAUAUCAAUGUCAUCAAGCAUUCCUCUCCUUCUAAAAACUACUAAGCUUGCAACAAGCACAAUUGCUGCUUUAUCAACAACACCUACAACUUCUCAAACUGCAUCUUCUACUACCACGAAAGCUUCCACAAGAACCGUGUUGACUCCAGAAAGCACAACUUUUGCCUCAACAAUUGCAUCAGUAUUGACUACAAUUACGUCUUCCACUAUGACCUUAUCUUCCCCUAUUGCACAUGCACCAACAACUACAGCUUUCACAAUCACAACUUUGCCUACAGAUUCUAGAUCAGCUACAACCUCAACUCGUACAUCACCAACAAUGUAUAAAUCUACAGAAGGUUUAACAGCACCUGCAACAACCACAUUUAAACUUUCCACAAGCACUAUAGUACCUUCAAUUACCUCAACAUCAACUCCAACCUCAACUAAAACUACUGCCAUUCCAACAAAAAGUGCUUCUCUAGCAGCAACAAUGUCAACAACUAUAAAUCCCACAAGCUCAUCUAAAGCACAAGGUUCAAACACAACCACACAUCAAACCACAACUGCAUUUCAAGUCACAACUGCACCUUUAUCAAGUACAACUAUAGCUUUUACAAAGACAGUUCCAGCACUGAGCCAAACAACACAUUUUACCAGAACAACUACACCUCCAAUAACCACAACUGUGUCUCCGGAAAACAUAACUGUAGCUGUGACAAUUACAUCUUCAACCUCAGUAAGUGCAACAGCUACUUCAAGGAUGAUUAUAGCUCCAACCACUACAACUCCAACAAAAACAACUGAAGCUUCAACUGUAUCAUCUACAACUUUGACUGUUCCCACUACAACAAGCAGUGCUGAACCUUUGGUCUCUCACAUGUCAACAAGCAAGUUCCCAGUGACUUUGAAUCAAAUAUCUGGUUCAGCAGUGGUGACAAGCAAACUAGUGUUCAACUCCUUAUCUCCAGUCCCCAGUGAAACUCUGGUGCUCAGUGCUAUCCAAACCCUCAGGGACUCAAAAGAGUCACAACUUGGUGAAUCCGUGAAGGUGGCGAAUGUCACUUAUGAAAGAAUCUCAGACACCUCCUAUGCAGUCAUCAUUAUAUUUACUCUGAGUAACAUCAGCAUCCCAGAAGACCCUGAUCUAAAAAAGAACACUUACAAUCAAGUGCAAAAUACUGUCAAUACUGCGCUGAACACUCUUCUGAAUGGGCCUACCUCUCCAGUUUUUGAACCCACAUCCUCUGACUUCACGAGCACAUCAGACCAAAUUAAUGGCAUGAUGGUUUACACCUUCCAAGAUGGAGAUGCGAUACAACCAGUCAGCUUCCUAGAUUUGCUUCGUUUACCAAUAGGAUCAACAACUACAACUGUGUUUCCUCUGACAUCAAGCAAAUUCCCAUUGACGUCUCAGAAACCACUAUCUGGAUCAGCAGUGGUGACAAGCAAACUGGUGUUUAACUCCUCAUCUCCAGUCCCCAGUGAAACUCUGGUGCUCAGUGCUAUCCAAACCCUCUGGGACUCAAGAAAGUCAAAACUUGGUGAAUCCGUGAAGGUGGCGAAUGUCACUUAUGAAAAAAUCUCAGACACCUCAUAUGCAGUCAUCAUUACAUUAACUCUGAGUAACAUCAGCAUCCCAGAAGACCCUGAGCUCAAAAACAACACUUACAAUCAAGUGCAAAAUACUGUCAAUACUGCGCUGAACACUCUUCUGAAUGGGCCUACCUCUCCAGUUUUUGAACCCACGUCCUCUGACUUCACGAGCACACCAGAUCAAAUUAAUGGCAUGAUGGUUUACACCUUCCAAGAUGGAGAUGCGAUACAACCAGUUAGCUUCCUGGAUCUGCUUCGCUUACCGAUAGGAUCAACAACUACCACUGUGUCUCCUCUGACAUCAAGCAAAUUCCCAUUGACGUCUCAGAAACCACUAUCUGGUUCAGCAGUGGUGACAAGCAAACUGGUGUUCAACUCCUCAUCUCCAGUCCCCAGUGAAGCUCUGGUGCUCAGUGCUAUCCAAACCCUCAGAGAUUCCAGAGAGUCACAACUUGGUGAAUCUGUGAAGGUGGCGAAUGUCACUUAUGAAAAAAUCUCAGACACCUCCUAUGCAGUCAUCAUUAUAUUUACUCUGAGUAACAUCAGCAUCCCAGAAGACCCUAAUCUAAAAAACAACACUUACAGUCAAGUGCAAAAUACUGUCAAUACUGCGCUGAACACUCUUCUGAAUGGGCCUAAUUCUACAGUUUUUGAACCCACAUCCUCUGACUUCACGAGCACACCAGAUCAAAUUAAUGGCAUGAUGGUUUACACCUUCCAAGAUGGAGAUGCGAUACAACCAGUUAGCUUCCUAGAUCUACUUCGUUUACCAAUAGGAUCAACAACUACAACUGUGUCUCCUCUGACAUCCAGCAAAUUCCCAUUGACGUCUCAGAAACCACUAUUUGGUUCAGCAGUGGUGACAAGCAAACUGGUGUUCAACUCCUCAUCUCCAGUCCCCAGUGAAGCUCUGGUGCUCAGUGCUAUCCAAACCCUCAGAGAUUCCAGAGAGUCACAACUUGGUGAAUCCGUGAAGGUGGCGAAUGUCACUUAUGAAAAAAUCUCAGACACCUCCUAUGCAGUCAUCAUUAUAUUUACUCUGAGUAACAUCAGCAUCCCAGAAGACCCUAAUCUAAAAAACAACACUUACAAUCAAGUGCAAAAUACUGUCAAUACUGCGCUGAACACUCUUCUGAAUGGGCCUAAUUCUACCGUUUUUGAACCCACGUUCUCUGACUUCACGAGCACACCAGAUCAAAUUAAUGGCCUGAUGGUUUACACCUUCCAAGAUGGAGAUGCGAUACAACCAGUUAGCUUCCUAGAUCUGCUUCGUUUACCAAUAGGAUCAACAACUACAACUGUAUCUUCUCUGACAUCAAGUAAAUUCCCAUUGACGUCUCAGAAUCCACUAUCUGGAUCAGCAGUGGUGACAAGCAAACUGGUGUUCAACUUCUCAUCUCCAGUCCCCAGUGAAACUCUGGUGCUCAGUGCUAUCCAAACCCUCAGAGAUUCCAGAGAGUCACAACUUGGUGAAUUCGUGAAGGUGGCGAAUAUCACUUAUGAAAAAAUCUCAGACACCUCCUAUGCAGUCAUCAUUAUAUUUACUCUGAGUAACAUCAGCAUCCCAGAAGACCCUAAUCUAAAAAACAACACUUUCAAUCAAGUGCAAAAUACUGUCAAUACUGCGCUGAACACUCUUCUGAAUGGGCCUAAUUCUACCGUUUUUGAACCCACGUUCUCUGACUUCACGAGCACACCAGAUCAAAUUAAUGGCCUGAUGGUUUACACCUUCCAAGAUGGAGAUGCGAUACAACCAGUUAGCUUCCUAGAUCUGCUUCGUUUACCAAUAGGAUCAACAACUACAACUGUGUCUCCUCUGACAUCAAGCAAAUUCCCAUUGACGUCUCAGAAACCACUAUCUGGAUCAGCAGUGGUGACAAGCAAACUGGUGUUCAACUCCUCAUCUCCAGUCCCCAGUGAAACUCUGGUGCUCAGUGCUAUCCAAACCCUCAGAGAUUCAAGAGAGUCACAACUUGGUGAAUCCGUGAAGGUGGCGAAUGUCACUUAUGAAAAAAUCUCAGACACCGCCUAUGCAGUCAUCAUUAUAUUUACUCUGAGUAACAUCAGCAUCCCAGAAGACCCUAAUCUAAAAAACAACACUUACAAUCAAGUGCAAAAUACUGUCAAUACUGCGCUGAACACUCUUCUGAAUGGGCCUAAUUCUACAGUUUUUGAACCCACGUCUUCUGACUUCACGAGCACACCAGAUCAAAUUAAUGGCCUGAUGGUUUACACCUUCCAAGAUGGAGAUGCGAUACAACCAGUUAGCUUCCUAGAUCUGCUUCGUUUACCAAUAGGAUCAACAACUACAACCCUGUCUCCUAUGACAUCCAGCAAAUUCCCAUUGACGUCUCAGAAACCACUAUCUGGUUCAGCAGUGGUGACAAGCAAACUGGUGUUCAACUCCUCAUCUCCAGUCCCCAGUGAAACUCAGGUGCUCAGUGCUAUCCAAACUCUAAGGAACUCAAGAGAGUCACAACUUGGUGAAUCUGUGAAGGUGGCGAAUGUCACUUAUGAAAAAAUCUCAGACACCUCCUAUGCAGUCAUCAUUAUAUUUACUCUGAGUAACAUCAGCAUCCCAGAAGACCCUAAUCUAAAAAACAACACUUACAGUCAAGUGCAAAAUACUGUCAAUACUGCGCUGAACACUCUUCUGAAUGGGCCUAAUUCUACAGUUUUUGAACCCACAUCCUCUGACUUCACGAGCACACCAGAUCAAAUUAAUGGCCUGAUGGUUUACACCUUCCAAGAUGGAGAUGCGAUACAACCAGUUAGCUUCCUAGAUCUGCUUCGUUUACCAAUAGGAUCAACAACUACAACUGUGUCUUCUCUGACAUCAAGCAAAUUCCCAUUGACGUCUCAGAAACCACUAUCUGGUUCAGCAGUGGUGACAAGCAAACUGGUGUUCAACUCCUCAUCUCCAGUCCCCAGUGAAACUCAGGUGCUCAGUGCUAUCCAAACCCUCAGAGAUUCCAGAGAGUCACAACUUAAUGAAUCUGUGAAGGUGGCGAAUGUCACUUAUGAAAAAAUCUCAGACACCUCCUAUGCAGUCAUCAUUAUAUUUACUCUGAGUAACAUCAGCAUCCCAGAAGACCCUAAUCUAAGAAACAGCACUUACAAUCAAGUGCAAAAUACUGUCAAUACUGCGCUGAACACUCUUCUGAAUGGGCCUAAUUCUACAGUUAUUGAACCCACGUCCUCUGACUUCACGUAA